CAAGUUUUGGUGCCAGAGCCUUCUGUGGGUUUCAAGACUGCUUUUUCAGUGACAGAAUAAACCUGGAGUACAGCCACCUGCCCCUCCUCACAGGCCCAUGGACACGGCACGGAUCGCAGUGAUUGGGGCCGGCCUGGUGGGGCUUUCCACUGCGGUGUGCGUUUCUACACUGGCCCCCCGCUGCUCUGUCACCGUCAUCUCAGACGUGCUGAGUCCUGACACCACCAGUGACGUGGCAGCCGGGAUACUUAUUCCUCACGCUUAUCCAGACACACCCAUUCAUAAACAGAAGCAGUGGUUCCGAGAGACUUUUGAUCACCUGUUCUCAAUUGCCAACUCUGCAGAAGCUGGAGAUGCUGGUGUUUAUCUGGUGUCUGGUUGGCAGAUAUUUCAGAGCCUUCCUACCGAAGAAGUGCCAUUCUGGGCUGAUGUGGUUUUGGGAUUUCGAAAGAUGACCGAGGCCGAGCUGAGGAAGUUCCCCCGACACGUGUUUGGUCAGGCUUUCACAACCCUGAAGUGCGAAGGGCCCGCCUACCUCCCGUGGCUGGAGAAAAGGGUGAAAGGUAGUGGAGGCCAGAUACUCACCCGUCGGAUAGAAGACCUGUGGGAGCUUCAUCCGUCCUUCGACAUCGUGGUCAACUGCACAGGCCUUGGAAGCAGACAGCUUGUGGGAGACGAAACGAUCUUCCCCGUGAGGGGCCAAGUGCUGAACGUCCAGGCUCCCUGGGUGAAGCAUUUUAUCCGAGAUGGGAGUGGGCUGAUGUAUAUUUAUCCUGGUAUGUCCCAUGUAACUCUGGGUGGAAGUAGGCAAAAAGGAGACUGGAAUCUGUCCCCAGAUGCAGAAAUGAGCAGAGAGAUUUUCACCCGAUGUUGUGCUCUGGAGCCCUCUCUUCAUGGAGCCUCCAACAUGAAGGAGAAGGUGGGCUUGAGGCCCUCCAGGCCAGGCGUGCGGCUGCAGAAAGAGCUCCUAACCCGGGAGGGCCAGAGGCUGCCCGUGGUCCACCACUAUGGCCACGGCAGCGGGGGCUUCUCGGUGCACUGGGGCACAGCCCUGGAGGCCGCCAGGCUGGUGAGCGAGUGUGUCCAUGCGCUCAGGAGCCCCGCUCCCGUGUCAAAGCUGUAGCUGUCAUGAAAUGACAGCAAUGUCUCCAGACUAUUGGUCAAAGCAUAAUUUUAAGCAUCACAGUAAGUUCAAAUAACUUUCUCACUGCAUGAAAUAACUAGACAUUUCUUUGUUUCUUAAAUUAGAAAUAAUGCAACAUAGAUUUAGGAAGUCUAGUACUAAUGGCAUGGGGCAUGGAGCUCUACUUUUGCAUGUUAAAAAUACUUGUUAUAGAGUAAGAUUUUUUUUAGAUCUAACCUUAUAGGGAUUUUGACAUCUCUUGGCUCAUAAAUCCACAGGAAGAGAAAAUGUGUGGGAAACACUUAAAUCACAGUCCACUGCAGAGCUGCCUGUGAUCCUCUUUGGUUAGAGCGAGCAUUAUAAUCCUUCUAAGUGAAAUCACCUGGUGAUCACAAAAUGCAGACUUAUCACAUUUAACUGAAGACAAAAUAAGAGUUACUGCUAAUGCUGGUGGCAACCUUUGGCUCCCCUCAGCUAGAAAGGAUGGUGGAAGACAGAGAUGAAGUUGCCCAUAGAGGUGGCAUCAAUUCCCUGUCUGCCUGGGAUCAAUCACCUAUAAAGUGCGUGUUCUGUGACCACAAAUGAUGGCAGGCUGGCCUGUCGUGCAGUUGACUUUGCCCAAGCAUUUUUGAAGACUGAAAAGCCAGAGCAGCUGAAGAACUAAUUUACUAAUUAAGGUGGACCAACCACGAAUGACACAGAAGCGAAGGGCAUUCUGCAGGUUGCUAAAGCAUGCUGGGGAGAGCCGAGUACAUCUCAUGACUAAGCGAGCUGGGGCAUUUCUAAGGGAAAUAAAUUUCCCUUGGCUUUUUGCCUCAGGCCCGCUCAGAGCCUUUAGUAAUUCAUGUGUGUUGUGACUCCUGAGGAGGUUUUUGGCUUGUGAAUGGGAAAGAGGACAGACUUCACUGAGGUCAGAAGGCCUGAGGAGAAAUGGGCUUCCUUUUAAUUUUUGGAAGUGAUGACUUGUAUUUAGAGAUAAUAGGUCCUAUUUUGGACAUCCUGGGUGAAAUGUGGGAUUGGCAAUGGAAAUGGGAAAGAAAGCUCCCGGCCAGCGCUGGAUUUACCGUCUGGGUCAGUGAGUCUUAGCAGAUGAUUCUGCAGGAAGAGAACAUUCUGCUGAUAGAGAGGGAGAGAGGCAUGCCAGCAUAUUAGAUGAUCUUUAUCACUCCUUGCGUUAUUGAAAUUGUCAAGUUAAAUCAAGUGUGGGAGCUGUUCUAUAGAUUUCCACCAGGGGGUGGUGUUGUAUCAAAUUCAGAUAAACUGGUACACGUGAAAAUAUAUUAAUAGACAUGACUAGAAAUAAAAAAUGGAU